GCGCCGGCACGCCAUUCAAUUGUGAAACUUGCGCGGGACGGACGUGCGCGUGCGGUCGCUACACAUACAGAUCUUAUCACACGACAUGGCUCGAGGCGAAGGUUUCCGAGUGCUGCUGCACGUGCUCAAUGGUGCCAUGCUGGUGCUCGCGUUAGCACUAGCCGCGGCAUCCAUCUGGUUCUUCUGCCAAGUGUACGAAUUCACCAGCCUGAGAAACAGCAACCACUACCUCCUCGACUACAAACUGUACUGGCCUCAAGCUAUACCCUGGAUCUUCUUAAUCGUCAGUGUGAUAGUGUUGUGUGUCAAUUCGUGCGGAUUCUCCGGCGCCAAAAAAAACAGUCGUAGUCUACUCGCAGUUUACAUAAUCAGCAUGUCUGUUGUUGUGUUGUUGUUGAUAACCGCCGCUGUGAUAUCACUUGUAUUCGCCGAUAAUAAGUCUACGGAUGACUUCGUGAAGGACACCGUGUGGGACGUGUACUUCCAGGCGAAGACGGACAACGAGGUGGCGGCGUCGUUUGGCAGCAUCGAGCGCAAGCUACACUGCUGCGGUGCUGACAGCCCUCGCGACUACAAGAACUGGAAGGCUGAAUUCCCGAUGUCCUGCUGCGACGUCUACUACCACGGCUUCCUUGACCCCUAUACUAUCGAGUGUGAGUUUACCAACAAGCUGGCCAACGAGCGCUACGGCUGUUCCACGGUAGCCGCGCAGUACGCCAGGAUCGCUAUAAAGGUGAUGUCGGCAGCAUCAAUAUUCAUAGCGUUCAUCGGCCUUAUAGCUAUAGCUAUCGCCGUCGGCCUUUACAAAUCCCUAGCGAUCAGACCUCCGCCGAUGGUCGUGCAAUAUGAAUCCGAGAGUAAAAAAGUUCUACUGUAAAGACUCUAAGUGAAGAUCUGAUGUGUUACUUGUGAGUGAUCAAACGCCAAUGAUUGCGAUUGGCUGAUCGUAAUAAUUACGUCAUCUUACCUUUUAAAACGACAGGUUGUUACUUUGGUCCAGCGCGUGUUAUAACGCAUGCGAAUCUAGUCUUUAUCGACGGUUACGUAGACGAUAUAAGGCGGGAAAUCGCGUGUUACAGCUGUGACCAAAUUUUGCAAUAUUUGUAAGUAUUUAUUGACACACUUUAGUGCUACUUAAUAUAAGAAUGUGACCUUCUUCUUGAAGAUGUUUUAAAAAAGACCACUUGUGUAAUUUUUAAAUCAGUGACCAAAUAGAUAAGAAAUAUUGCAGUUUUAGAAUUAAGAUUUUAAUGCAUUCCCGCCGAUGAAAUGUUUUUCCCUUCUCACUGAGAGAAAGCGACUAACUUCUCACGGUUAUUGAAUAAUCGAUGUCAAAGCGAAUCUCUAGAAUUGUUAAUUUAUAAAUAGCAUCCGAUUUACGACAUUGUAAUUAUCAAUUACACAAAUAUGUUGUAACAGCAAAUAAUGAGCUUAAAUGACUGUAAUUA